AUGUCAGUCAAAAAAGCAAUCGCCGUCGUCGCCGGAGUUGGGCCUGGAACUGGCUCCUCAAUAGCCCGCAAAUUCGCGCAACACUACCCGGUCAUCGUCCUCGCACGCAAUCCCGCCAACUACACCGAAGUCGUCGAUAGCAUCAACUCCUCCGGCGGGCAUGCCAUCGGCCUCAGCACAGAUGUCUCAAACCCUUCCGCCGUCUCCGCCGCGUUUAACAAAAUAACCACGGAAUUAUUCCCCGGCAGUCCCAUUGCAGCCGCUAUAUUCAACUCCGGCGGCGGAUUUGUGAGAAAGCCAUUCCUAGAAUUGACAAGUCAAGAAUUUGAGGCGGGAUGGGAAGGUCAGGUUAAAGGCGCGUUCCUGUUUUCGCAGGCGGUGCUGCCGUUGUUGCUCAAGGGUGUGGAGGGGAAGAGUAAGCAUCCGCCGAGUUUGAUUUUCACCGGUGCAACGGCAAGUGUCCGCGGCUCAGCGCUCUUCAGCGCCUUCGCAAGCGCCAAGUUCGGUCUGAGGGCACUCUCGCAAUCUCUAGCACGAGAGUUUGGUCCCCAGGGUGUUCACGUCGCGCACGUUAUUAUUGAUGGUGUGAUUGAUAUCCCGCGCACCAAGGGAUAUGUGUUUGAGCAUGAGGACGCGAAGAUUAGUCCAGAUGCUAUUGCCGAUUCGUAUUGGUUUUUGCAUACGCAGCCGCGGACGACGUUUUCGUAUGAGUUGGAUUUGAGGCCGUAUGUUGAGAAAUGGUAA